AUGAGUUCUUCCGCUCCGGCGCUGCCGCGGGUGAGUUCUGAACCAUCAUCUCCAACGCCCCUCACCGCCCCUCACCGUCCCUCACCGCACCUCACUGCCCCCCAGCUUGCCAAUGAGUUUAUCUUCCGCUCCGGCGCUGCCUCAGGUGCGGUUGGGGAGGGGGAAAGGGGGGGGGGAGGGGGAGGGGGGUGGGGAGGGGUGGAGGGAGAUAGUGGGAGAGGGCUGGGGGAGGAGUCACAAGACGAGGGCGAGGAGUCAGCGAGGUAUCCUUGCAGUGCAUUGUCUUGA